AUGAGUUACACUCCAAGUCAAUCACCAAAGAGUGCAACGUCUACACAGACUAGUCCCUCACGGUACUCCAAAGCCACGCACUUGACAGAGUUUUAUCCAUAUUUAAACGGUGGUCAAAUCAAAAAAGAACAUAGUCGACAAUCAUCAACAAAUUCCAUAACAACAGGUGGUCAUGGUGAUGGUCCAAGUCCAAGGUCAAGAGGUGGUCCAGGUUCUGAUAGAAGACCUUCUUUUAGUACGAUGAAUUCAUUCAACUCAUUUUCUCCUUCAACUUUAGAUUUACAAACUUUAGUCACCAAGACUGAUAUAAAUAAAACAACUGAAGCUUAUAAUGAAAUAUUAUCAACUUCAAAAGAAUAUAGAGAUGCUUUAUUAAAAGUGAGUGAAGCUGCUGGAAAUUUUGGUGCUGCCUUGGAGAAUGGUGCCAAGUGUAAAGGUUCUGGAAAUUCUGCAGAUGGAUUAUUAAGUGCAAGUGGACUUUAUUUUCUUGUUGCAAAUCAUCAACAAAUAUUAGCACAUAGUGUUAAAAAUUCAUUUGAAGAACCCAUAUUAAAAGAAAUUAAUCAAUUUAAAUUGAAAACUUCCAAAAAUGAUGAAAUUUUCAAAAAUAAUAUAAAAGAAAAAAUAACAUUAUUGAAAAAACAAGAAUAUGAAAAUUCAAAAUUAUCAAAAUUGAAAACAAGAAAUUUAAUUACAUAUAGAUCAAAAUUACAACAAUUAACUUCUCAUAUUGAUGAAAUUGAUAAAGUUAAACAUGAUUAUUAUCAAUCUUCAUUUGACUUGGUCCAAGAUACUUCUCAAAAUAUCUUAAAACAAGUUGGUUCAAUAGUUCGUGCUCAAGUGGAAAUUUAUGAAGGUAUAGCAAGGAAAGGUUGGUCUGGUGGAGGAUUAGAUGAAUUAUUAGCUGGAUGUCCUGAUCCUUUCACUAAUGAAGAUGAUGAUGAUGAUUAUGAUAAUGGGAGAUAUAGUAAUAAUGGUAAUGAUGAUAAUGAUGAUAAUAAUGAUAAUAAUGAUAAUAAAUUGGAAGAACCACAAUAUGAAGAUAAUGACAAUGACAAUGAUGAUAUUGAUGAUGAUGAUGAUGAUACUAUAGGACCAAUACCACAAUUGAAACCACAAUCUUUAUCAUCAACAACAAAUGGUUUAUUUAUUCAAUCUAAAUCUUCAACAUCAAAUCCAACAUUAAGUCAUUCAACAUCAACAAAAUCAUUUGAAAAAACAUUAAAUUCAAAUGAUGUAUUACAUUCAAGUACUCCAAGACAAUUUUCACCAGAACCUAAUAAUAUUGAUGAUUCAUUUGAUGAUAAUUCAUUUUCUUUACCAUUACCAGGUUCUUCAUCAAGAAAUAAUAUUAAAUCAACACCAAAAGAAAUUGAUAAUUCAUCACCAAAAAAGGAAGCAGAUCAUGAGCUUAAAGAAGAUGAUGAAGAUCAAGGAUCACCAGCUACAAAACUACGAAAAGAAUUAUAUCCAUCACAUUCAGAAUGGAAUUCAGAUCAAGAUACUUCAGGGAAUGAAAGUGAAAUAGGGAAAUUAGGAGCAGGAAUUUCACAAACAAGUUUACCAAAAGAAUAG